GAGAUGUACACGUAUGCCUGAAACAAAGCGGAAGUAAUAUCAAUUGAGGAAGACUGACGGCUUGAACUUGUCCUGUUGAGCAGGAAAACAACGCUAUAACUUAUAUUCAGUUAGUUGUUUUUGUUAAAAGGGAGGGUGCCUUACAGUAUUGGACCUUGUGCCUUCCUUCAACCCUCAGAAAGGAUGCAGCCUAGCGUGGCAGGGGGCCUCCAGGAGUCCCCACAAGGCCAAGGGGAGCGAGGUGAACUCUCCCAGCUUCCCUCAAGAGAUGCAGCCACUGCAGAGACAUCUGAGCCUGGAUGCGCACGACCAGUAACCUUUGACCUGCUCAAUAUGGUGGUCUCCUACAAGAGGAUUGCAAUCUACCUGGAGCCUAUGAAAGAUGGUGUGGAGGUGGUGCGUUAUCUGCUGGGAUGGAAGAUGCCUGUCUUCUCCUUACUCUGCUGCAUCCUGCUCAACAUCCUCUUCAUCAGUCUCAGUGAAGUGGCCUGGUUCUCCCUCUGUCUCAUGGGAGUGUCCACCCCGGCCGCGCUGGGCUACAUCGGGGAGCGGUGUCAGGGCGUCACCAGUGACACGGACCUUCAGAGGAAGAAGCUCCACGCUGUCCAGCGCAGAGACCUGCAGACGGUCCACCUUACCAAGCAGGAAGCCAUGCUAGAGGUCAAAGGCCUGUUGAAGCAGCUAGAUGACCUCUUCACCCAGGCCUGUGUGUCUGCUGAGUCUGUGUACAAGGUGCUGUACUGGGAGAGCCACGCCGUCUCCUCCAUGUUCUACGGUGCUCUGCUGAUCACUGUCUCUCUACUGUACAUCGCCCCAGUGGGCUGGGUCCUGGCGUUUGUCAUCAACAUCCUCUUCCUGUGGAAUAGAGAGUUCUACAGAGCCCUGCUGGAUGUGAAGACCCUGCUGAGCCCAACUCAAAGUCUGUCAGAGGAGGAGGAGGCCGAGAUCCGAGACGCAGAGACCACUAGCUUAGCAGAACAGACCCCAACCCCCACCAGCCUGGAGCGCUAUAAAACACACAGGAGUCACACUCACAUCAAACAAAACAGACACCUGGGCUCCCAGCACUUGUUGGACCUUUCUCCGGGCAGCAUUGAGGAGGCAGAAGAGGCCGAGCCUGAUGAUGAGUUUAAAGACGCCAUUGAGUCCGCUCUCUUUACCAUCUCACUGCCUAAGGAGCAUCAGACGUCCGUGCUGCCGGAGACCCCCCUGGCUCUAGUGGAUGAUGAUGAGGUACCGUUAGGCACUCCAGACUACGACUCCCUGUCAGAAAACGGUCUGUUGAGCAGAAAUGAGCCCAUUCGCAGCAAGGUGUCCAAACUCACGGAGAAACUACGCAAACGCUACCCCACCCAACCUGCAGGAAAUUGCUCAUAUUGCAACGCCGUGUUUUCAGUGUUGAAAAAGCGGAAAAGCUGCAGUAACUGUGGCAACUGCUUCUGCUCACGAUGCUGCUCCUACAAGGUGCUCAAGUCCAGCAUGGGAGCCACAGCGCCAGAAGCCCAGAGAGAGACGGUCUUUGUGUGUGCUGCAUGUAACAUGUCCCUGAGCAAGAAGGAAUGACGGCCUCGUUUCCUACCUCCCAUUAUUCCCACCGUUUACCUCCCUUGUGGAAGCAUGGCGUCGGCCCAGGACUGUUAGGAUGAGGCUGAGGGGGUGUGUGUGUCUCAGAACACAUCCCCAUGAUCUUCAUCCUCCAUGCUGUUGAGGGUGUGUGUGUGUUUCCCUCAGAACACAUCCCCAUGAUCUUCAUCUUCCAUGCUGUUGAGGCCGGCGGUGAGAGGGCGCAGGAGUCCCCGGCAUCCUCACUACUGUAUAGUGACCACACUGUCAUUUUAGACUAGAGCUCCAUCUCUGCUGUGGCCUCUGUCCCUCAUAUCUGUGCUUAUGUUGAAGCGGAUCCCAAGCGUAGCAGGUGUGCGUGGAGAACUCUGAUCGUUAGAGCAGUUGUGAUUAUGACCAGAGCUGCUGUGGCAUCUGCCAGCUGGGUUUAGCUUAAAGAUUUGCCCUACCACUGACCCCCCCUGUGUUAAUCACCAUAAGGGGAUGUCAAGUCUCUUCCCAUCAUGAAAUAGGAGCUGUUUUGCUUGUGUGCUAUAGAUAAUACGUGUGUCUUUGAAACACUGGAGGAUUAGGAGGAAAGGGGGCAGAUUUGUGUUGUUGCAUUUCUAUACCCUCGGCCAGCUUCUCCUUCCGGAGACAGAAGUGAUAUCCACCCAAAUAUGUUCUAAAGUUCCCUUUACGUUCAGUAGCUAACCUCACAGACUUCACUUGGGCAAAAGGUUUCGGUGGGUAGGUUGUGGUGGGAUGAGUAAUUUAUUCAAAUGUUCACCCACAGCCAUGGUUCAGGUGGAUGACAUUUGUCAGUUUUAUCUGCCAGGCCUGUUGGAGUUCAUUAGCACGGUUACAUUUGGUAGCAUUUAGGCACGGUUACAAGAAGUGAUUUUUCUUUUCUUUUUUUCAUUCUUUCAAAAAGGAAACAGCUAUUGGUUGAAAGAGACAAGCUCCAGUAAUUUAAUUUAAUAAUUUGUAAGAGACUCUGGACAGCUUUCUGAAGGGAUCUUUUCCUCCACCCACUUGCUCAGCAGAGAUUUUCCCGAGCUGCCGGAUGUAUGGAUUUUACCACUGUUAACAAAUCCGCGAAUAAGCGAAUGUAUUUAACUUUUUGCAGGCCCUCUGUACCUAGCCUACAAUCAGUUCUACUGUUACGUUAUUUUACUGUAUUUUAAAUGUUUGUCAUAUUUAAUUAAGAUUUUAGAAAUCUACAGCAUAUGCUUAGCAGUUGCGGUUUUAUCUUCUGUUGUGACAUUGCACUAAUAAAUACACUGUGCUUAAUGUU